AUGUCGGGUACGACCGUGCAGAUCGAGGACGCGGGUAGUGGGAACUGUUGGGGUACAACACCAGGUCCCAGCAUGCAAAAGAAGAACCAGGUUCUUCGACGGGGCCGCGAGAACGGGUUGUCUUCACGCAACCUGGCUCUUCAAGGCUGCUCACUAGAGGCUCGACUUUACAAAGUUGUUCGUGUGCAACCUGGCCCCCGCAUUCUCACGUUGCCCACCAGACGCCCGACCUUUACAAAGUUGUUUGUGUGCGACCCGACCACCAUUACAACAAGCUGCUCACAAGCGGCCAAACUUUACUCUCAAGGUUGUCCUCACGCGACCUGGCUCUUCCAGGUUGCCCACCAGAGGCCCGAUCUUCACAAAGCUGUCUGUGCGCGACUCGACCACAAUCACAACAAGCUAUUCACAAGCAUCCUAGCUUUACUCUCAAGGCUGUCCACAUGCGACAUGGCUCUUCAUGCUGCCCACCAGAGCCCGACCUUCACAAAGUUAUCCGCAUGCGACCUGGCCACUUUACAAAUUUCACCCAAGCAGGCAAGAUUUACUCUCAAGGUUGUCCUGGCACGACCUGGCUCUUCUAGGCUGUCCACCUAG